AAAAGGCUUACUAACCUUUUAUUUAUUUUGCAAUUAAACUUUUACAAAGACAUCCCCCACUCUUCCCCAAGGGUGGAGCAGGAUCGGCUCCCUGGAGUUGGCAGCGCUUCUACUACGAGACCCCGACUCCCUGAAGUUGCAGAAAGACCCGCAAAGGUCCGCUGGCUCCACUUUCUCCGCACCCCCGCUGAGCGUCCCCGCACCUUUGGCACGGGGACCCGAACCGCGCAGUCCCGCACACGCCUCCAGCUUGGUGAUCCAGCCUCUUAGACCGGAGCGGGGACGGGAUCCGCGCGCGCGGACAGUCUGAGCAAGGCAGCUUUUACUGCCCAGCACUGAGCCUCCCGCGAGCAAGCCGAGGCAGCGCACUUUCGCAGAGGAUGCCCUGGCUCUGGGCCCGGAGUUGCGGAAGGGGGAAGGAGGAGCUAGGGCUGGGGGCGGGGCUUUCACACGCGCACCCUCGCUCGGCUCGGUCCCCUAGCCACAGCCCGCCGGUCUCCGGCCGCCGCUCGGGAGUUUAUUUGUUUACAAGCGGAUUACGUCAGCUCCUCCCUCUCUUCCCGGUCUCUGCAUCCUCCCCCUGCUCCUUUUUCCCGCCCCCCUCCGGCUCCGAAUCUGCGGCGUCACAAUGGUGCGAUCUACGGAUUGGCUGUAGUCGGCCGUCAUACUCCAGCUACGCCACUUCCUUUCCGCGGCGCUAUAAAAGCUACUGCACGGCGCCCGUGUCUCUUCGCCCCUCCGAGCUGGAAAUGCAACUGUUGGGAGCUUCGGAGGCUGGGGAGCUGGGCGCGGAGGCGGCUGGGGAAGUCCGAGCGAUGUGACCAGGCCGCCGUCGCUCGUCUCUUCCUCUC